AAUAUGACCAUAGAAACACCCAGCAUUGAAGAGUGGAAAAGUGUGACUUUCUGGCAACCCUAGGGGUUAGUUGGCUUUGCCGGGUUGUUGGGUGAGGUACUGUCAUUUCUACCAUAACAAUAACAAUAACAAGAAGAAGAAGAAGAAGAAGAAGAAGUGAAACAAGAAGAAGAGCUGUUCUCUGUGAUCUGCAGGCUUAAUGGAUUCCUACAAACGCUUCAGCGAUGAAAACUACAAGCACUGGCUGCAGACGGCAGAGAGUCUGUAUAUACUGAGGAGUCACAUUCGCGAGUUUGUGGAAAACGAAACCGAAAGCUAUCACAGGUCUCUUCGGGAAACGCUGCAAGAUGAAAUCUGUAAAUCAAAAUGUAGUCUCCAUAAAUGUCCACCAAAAUCAAAAAAGUUCCCAAUUUGUGAUAAGUGUCACAAGUGGAAAGAUGCAAUCCUGGACAAUCAUAAGCAUAAGGGUAUUGACAUACCCUGGAAUAACUGCCAGCCGUACCUGUGGCCAACAGACAAAUGGGAAGUGGCCAAGGUUUAUAUGCUACGUGGAACAAAAAACCAUCACAGUUUUGAUCAGUUUGAUAUUUCUGCCAUUUUGAACUUCAUGUAUCACUGCAAGCACUUUGAAGCCUUUGCAGAAGGCCAGUACCUAACCAAGGUCAUCAAUGUGAGAAACAAAGUGAUGCAUUCCCCUGACUUCAGGUUAAGCAAAGAGGAGAUGGAUGACAGUAUAAAGAAUGUUGAGGAGCUGGCUAAGAUUCUUGAGAAUCAUGCGCCUGGACUAAAAACCAUAUCAAAACAGAUACAGAAGUUUAACAGAAUUUUGGAGAGGUGUAAUGGACAGGUUUCCCAGAAUGACAGCAAGGAAGAAAGACUAAAGCUGCUAGACAGAGAGCAACAUGCCCUGAAGGAGAAGAUUGAGUCCCUGGCCGAAUGCUUUGAAGAAGACCAAGACAUUGAGCGCAAACUUCAGGAAGAACUGCAUGGCAUGAAAAAUUUCCUGGACCAAAACAAAGAUUUGCUGGAGAACCUGGGCCCUCAAUUAAACCGGUUGAAUGAAAUACAAGAGAAGGUGGACAAGCAUGAUCAGGAUAUCAACAAACUGUCAAACAGAGUGGACCGGCUGGAAAACAUUGCACCUGACCCAGUGUUCAGUAGUGAUGCACUUAAGUUCAAGAAUCAUGUGUUUGAAGAGGCUCGAAGAAGGAACAUGCCAGAACCUGAAUUUACAGAGGAAUGUGAAGCUAGUGGUUACAGGGGUAUUGUGAAUGUGAAUGGACGUACAUUUAGAGGUUCACAGGUGUGUACGAAUAAAAAAAAUGCCCACCAAGAGGUUGCUAAGAUAGCCCUGGAAUACAUGAAAUCCCACCCUGAGUGGAAAGAAGAGCCAACUGAAACCACUUCAUCAAUAUCCUCAUCUACAGCAUCCUCAAGCACCAUCUAUCACGGUAUUGUGACUGUGGUCCUCAACAACCAAGAGAUUGUGUCUGAUGGGUGUAGUCAAGAGGAGGAAGCCACUGAAUCAGCUUACAGGAAACUAGCCUGUCAGUUUGGCCUGACUUCCCUUGAAGCAGGUAAUACUUUUAGGACAGCGGUCCUGGAGCAUUUUCAGAGGUGUAAUUUCCCGGAACCACAGGAACGCUCAGUUUGCCAAGAUGAUAAGAUCUUCUGCAAACUCCAGAUCAGUGGGCCUUUCACCUUUUAUGGCAAAGAUUGCUCCUCAAAGAAGAAACAGGCAGAACAUCUGGCAGCUAAGGUUGCUCUGCAGCAUUUGUCAGGACUCUUAAACUGCAAGUCUUUGGCUAAUGCUGAUGACAACUGGAAAGGAUUUCUGAAGGAACGUCUAGAUGCUCUUGGUCUGCCGCAACCUGAAUAUGAUUUUACAUUAAAAAAAGUAUGCAUCGGUCAUGAAAUAGAGGGUUCUAUUACCAGUGAAGAUGAUAAUUCACACAUAUCCAGCAGUGUCACUGCGGUCCAGGAUCUACCUACAGCAGACACAGUCAGUGCUGUUGAGUGUCAUGUGACAGAAACCCUGGACUGCAGUCAUCCAGAGACGCCCAGCCAAGCCCCCAAAGUGGAUUCUACAGGCACUAUUUAUUAUGGUAUUGUGACUGUUGUCCUCAACAACCAAGAGGUUGUGUCUGAUGGUUGUGUUCAAGAGGAGGAAGCCAUUGAAUCGGCUUACAGGAAACUAGCCUGUCAAUUUGGUCUGACUUCUCUUGAAGGUAAAACAGCGGUGCAUGAGCAUUUUCACAGAUGUAAUUUCCCACUACCACUGGGACAUUCAGUUCAUGAAGGCGAUAAGAUCUUCUUCAAACUCCAGCUCACUGGGGAUUUCACAUUUUCUGACAAAGAUGGCUCAUCAAAGAAGAAACAGGCCGAACAGCAGGCAGCUAAGGUUGCCCUGCAGCAUUUGUCAGGACUCUUAAACUGCAGUUUUGAGGCUGAAGCUUGCAAAAACUACAAAGUUUUUCUGAAGGAACGUCUAGAUGCUCUCCAUCUCAAAAAUCCUGUGUACACAUGUAAGGAAAAGAGAGGAGUCAGUGAAGCAGUGGAGGGUCCCAGUACAAGUGGAGAUAAUUCACACUCAUCCUGCACGACAGCCAUUAGCGAAAAGGUUUGUCUUCAACCAAAGGACACUGUCAGUGUGACAGAAACUCAGGAUGCAAGUCCUCCAGACAUAUCCAACAAAUCCCCCAAGUUUGAUGAUACAGCCAUCAACACACUUCUAACAUUGUUUCAUCUCAAGGCUCCAUCUGUAACAGUAGAAAAUGUCAGCACUGAGAUGGUUUUCAGCUGUCAUGUGGACAUAAACUUGGACAAAUUCAUGUUUCAGAACAACAAUCAAUACACCGCCAAGAAAGAUGCCAUUCGUAAAACCUAUUUAUUGCUUGGGAAUGCAUUGGGAAUUUCCAAACACAAAUUAGACGAAAACAAUGCUUCCAUGCUGGUGAAACAGGAUUUUUCCCAGAAGUCUCUCACCCUUCCUAAGGAAGUCUUUGAAGACAACAAGUGUUCCCUUAAUGAUAUAACAUACAGUUUAGUCUAUGAUGGAAAAGGCUCCACUGAGGCAGAAGCAAAGCAGGCUGCCUUGCAGAAAGCCUUGGACAUGCUAACCUUGCUCUUUGGGUUCAAGUCUUUGCCAAAGUGUAGCACAGUUGAGGAAACGGAGGCUCAGAUUAAUACCUUACUAAGAACAAAAGGUCAAAAAGACCUCAUUUAUUCACACAAACACAACCUGUAUAAAUGCUCAGUUGAGCUCCUGUUCAAAGACUACACCAUGGAGAGCAAACACGAAAAGAGGAAAAAAGAAAAUCUUAAUCAUCUCAGUAGCCGCAUUCUUGGCCUGCUAGCGGUGGAGCCAGAGCCGAAUACUGCAUCUUUAAGAAACUGUCUAGAUGACUGGUUUAAACAGAAGAAUCUGAAGCAGCCUGUGUUUGAGAACACAGAGGAGGCUCAUGGAUCGAAAGUCACGUUCUCUGUCAAAGUUUCCUGCUCAAACCCAAAUUGGGAAGACAGCAUGAAAGUUGCAGAAGAAAAGCUGGUCGAUAAACUGAGGGAAAGGUUAAAGUAUCUGACUGAUUAAGGCGAAGAGUAUUAUGAGAUUUGGUACAGAAUUUUUUUUCCCUUUGUUUAAUUGUUCUUGUGUGAAUGAUGAAUCUUCCAGGAUGACAGUAUUUUAUGAAGGAGGCUUAACAUUAUCAUGGGUAUCAUGGGCAAUUACCAACUUAGGCAGUUACCUUAAAAUUACCAAGUUUCUUUUCUAAUUAUUAUCAGUGAUCAUCAACCAUCAAUUCACUUGGCAUGUCACCAGGUUUUUUAAGAUAUCUGUUGUUAAACCAUUCCUUACGAAACCACAUUCUUGACCCCUCCAAGAGUGCUGUUGUAGUGAAUAUCAGCAUGGCUGUGAUUACCUAUGGCACUCGGCUUGUGACCUCAUUGCCUAUGGCUCAAUCACAGCCAUGCUGAUUUUCACUACAACAGCACUUUUGCUUGUGCGAUAUUGCAUUAUCGAUCAAUCAAAUCAAUCAAUCAAAAUUUAUUUAUAUACCACAUUUAAAAACAACAGGUGUUGACCAAAGUGCUGUACAAAACUAACCAACAUGUAAUAAUAGUAAGAAAAUUAAGAUUAAUAAAAUAACACCAGAGAAUGACACUUGAUAUUACAUUACAAUGACUCAUAAGCAACGGAGAACAGGUAGGUCUUUAGUUUAGACUUAAAAAGAUCUAGGGUCGGACAAGACCUAAUCUGUAAUGGCAAAGCAUUCCAAAGGCGAGGGCCCGUAACAGAAAAUGAGCGAUCACUCAUAGUUUUUUUAGCAUACAUUCUUGGAAAUUAAAAACUACACUCUAGAUGCUUGUUGAUCUUUUGAUUGACAUGUAAUUAAGAUUUUUACAACUGCUUACCAUCAUCUGAAAAACACAGCCAUAAUAAGAAAUAUGCUAAUCCUACAGGGCGUCUGAACACUUUGAGAUGGGCUCAUAGAUGCCUAGAUUGGAGAGAUUCACCCUGAUUGAUGGAGAAAAAGACCAGGGCCAGUUUUGUUGUCUUGGAUUCUUAGCUGUGGAUGGGUCCCCCUACCUUAUUUCAGAAUGCAGCAGCCUGUGUACUUACGAAACAAAAAUUCAGAGCUUAUUACUCAUCUUAUGUAAGCUACAUUGGCUGCUAAUUAAAUUUUGCAUUGGAAACAAAGUCCUGCUCCUGAUGUUUAAGGCUCAGAAUGGUUUAGCUCCAGCAUAUCUUGCUGAUCUCCUUAAGCAGUAUAGUUCAUCAUGAGUACUUUGCUCAGUUGAGGCAUUACUGUUAGUCCAGUCAUAGCUCACCUGGUGGAAUAUGAAAGCCAUCUUUAAAAACAUACUUGAUUAACUUGACCUAUUCUAAGUUCUUUUGACUUAGUAUGUUAAGAAACUCACCUUUUAACCCUUUAAACAACUAUUUGCUUUUAAUGCGUUCAGUAUGUGGUGAUAUGUGGUGGCUUAUGACCAAUCAGUUCCAUUGAUACUAAUUGAGAGUUUGAGAGUGAUUAGCAUGUUUUGAUGAUAAAAUGUUCAUUGCAUAUAUUUUUAUUGCAGGUCUACACUGAAUAUCAAUACAGAGUUUUUAACCAAGAGGAAAUGAGCUCUUUGUAUGUAACCGAAAUGUACAGCCAGUGAAUUCUGUUUAUUAACAUUCUGCAUGUUUUCUCUGUAAUGCCUUUCGAUCUCUGAAUCAGCCUGAUAUUUAAGCAAUAACGCACAAGCAAGAGUGCUGUUAUACUGUGUAUCACAGCAUGGCUGAUUUGGUCGGUAAUCACAGCCGAUAUUCAGUACAACAGCACAAUUGCGAGUGGGGUAUUGCUUUUAUAAAACAGUUUGAUCAAUAAGAAAUUAAUAUCAAGUAA